AUGGAUCUAAAACCACAUAAAGUUGUAAAUAUGAAUGAAGACCAUGCGGAUUCUGUUGUGGAAUCAUGGAUCACACAAAUUAUUAAUGAAGAGACUGACGAUGAAGAUGCUGGCCAGUCACACGGUGUCAUGAUGCCCACAAAUGACGACAUACACAACUCGGAUAGGGAAGGUGGUGAGUUCAUUUACAGUGAACACAACAAUGAUUCGGAAUCUGGUAAUGAGAAGCAACCUGAGGCACCUGCGACCGAUGAUUGUGAGCCAUCGAGUGAGAGCAACUUACCGCUAUUGGAGCUAUCUCGCAGAUUGCGCACUAGUUCGCCAGCUCAAGAAAAUUUAUCUGACGAGAGUGAUGACGACCAAUCGAUACCCGCGCAAAAUCAAAACUACUACUACGGGAAAAAUCGGUACAAGUAA